UCUGUGAUCGCGAUCUGUCAAAAUAGAGACAAGGAAGAGAAGAGGACAUUGGAAUUAAAAUUUAUUGCUUACUUACCGUGUCCUAAUAACAGUUUUUGUGUGAAAGUUACUGCAAAUAAUUAUAUAACAAAACUGUUUUCAUGUUUGCUUUCAAUUUAGCAAGUCAAAAUGGGAGACUCGCCGUAUUUGACUUGUUUGGUUUUGUAUAUAUUUUCGUUUCAAAUUAUUGUCACUAAUUCACGUACCUCUAAUAUUUGGAAGUUGGAUGUUGAGCAAGGUCAAAUUGUUGACGGAACUACUAUAACGCAGGAUGACUCUGACAAACCCAAAAUGAGUGAGGAAGAUGUUGUGUUCAAUAUUAUCACAUCAACUGUGUACUAUGGCAACACUUGGACUAAGCACAGUUUUGAUAUGUUUUGCACUGACUGCCAGUUAUAUGAACAACAGAGGAGUAUCACUGACAACAAUGAAGAGAUAAACCAGCCAGAAACAAGUAAUGGAGAAGCUGAUGAUGAGUAUCUGGAUUGUGGAAAAGCAGUUAAUUUUACAUAUUAUGACAACCUGGUUGGUGUGGCCAGGCGCCACAGACAUCCUAAUGUACCUGAACCACAAGUUGCCCUUAUAUUUACGAAGAAAAAAUCAUACAAAAAUGGUGUAACAGAGUUAGAUAUUAAUGCCUUAGAGAAGCGCCUUAAAAAGGCUAAAAGAGAAAAACCAAAGUCUGUACAGUUGUAUAACCAAAUUGGUAACUUUUGGAGAAUUAAAGGUGACACAAGACAAUCCAUUGAGUGUUUUCGUCGCGCUCUUGCCGUCUCUCCAUAUAAUGCAGAAGUGCUCCUAAAUCUAGCGCGAGUGCUGUUCACAUUGCAAUAUUUAGAUGAUGCAAUAUAUUUGACGCGUCGAUCGCUCGAAGUGCAACCGCCCGACCGCAGCGCAUGGCAGCAGUACUUUACGCUCGGCGAAAUAUUCAAAGCAUAUGGACAUUAUCAGGAAGCAGCAGUACAUCUAAGGCACGCGCUAGACCUCAGGCCGGACUUUGAGCCAGCGCUGGUGGCACUUAAAGACAUUGAAAAUAUACCUGAGGCUACAGUUCAUGUGUACACCCUACUUAUAAUCGUAUGUUUGGUAAUGGGUGUGCUACUAGUGAUUCUAUCGUCAGUGGACAACGGCAGCGAAGCGGACGAGCACAAAACGCAGCGUCAUUUCAACCGCGCGAUGGCGAUGCGUUCGCUGCGCGGCGUGGUCGGUGCGCGCGGUAGGAAGAAAGGCGGCUCAUAGAUUUUACAGUGCGUUUACGAUCUCGGCAAGUUGUUUUUUUUUUUCAAAGUGUAACAUAUUAUUUUAUGCCGUGCACAUUUCUAUGAAUGUGAAUUGGAUUGGAACUAAUGACAGUUUGUUUGUCUUUGAUUUUAUGUGUGUCAAACGCUUUGUUCCUUUGGGUCUCCAUUAAUAUAAUGAUGGCCAUAUUUGUUAUUGAUUUGUUUUGUUUAACGUUCAGUGAUAGCAGUCUUUAUAAUUUCGUUGCUGUUUUAUCAUUGAUAAUCCAAAUAUAAAAACAAACUUUCUGUUAACAAUGAAAAUUUAUUAUUUCUUGUAUGAGCUGGUUAGUAGACGCCAAAACAAAAUGAAUAUUGCAUGAGUUUUAAGAAAAUGUCAUUGGUUAGUUUGUGUUAAAAGCAGUUUACAUUGUACUUAUUGACAUAUUUUGAUGUUAAAUUACUUUUAGUCAUAAAACUAAAUAUGCGUCACCUUUUUUGUGGGACAAAUUAGAAAUUUUUGUCUCCAGGCUUUAACAUUUGAGAAUUUGAACUUUCGGUGAAUUAUGUUGAUGUUUUAAAUGUUUUUAAAAAACGUCACGUUUUCAAACUACACAAUUAUUAUAAAUGACUGUUCAUUGGUUUGCUAGAGAUCGUAAACAUUUAUCGCUUGCAAAUUCAAUGAAUACGUAGCAGGCUAAUAAUGACGCGCCUGAACGAGGACCUAGAAAUUGUGGUACUGUUCUAUUAAGUUGUUAUUUUUCGUGUUAGGUAUUAUUGUACUGAAAUUUGUUUUUUAUUCUUUAUAGGAGAUUGAAUGUCAUUUGUAAAAUUAAAAUGAAAGCACAUUAAUUUGUGUACUAUUUAACAUUAACACAGCGCCAUAAUAGUAAAAAUAAAUGAAUAAGCUUCUAUUGCUCUCAUAUAGAUUAUAG